AUGGAGCCUGUAAGUACAAUUGAAGAAAAUUCUUUUGACCCAACACCAAGACUAAAAUCUAGUCCUAUACCGAUUAAAUUUAUUUCUUUUAAUAACGGUGAUGAAAAUUGUAUCUGUUGUGGAGAAAAAUAUAUUCAAUCACUUCUAAGUUAUAAACAAAAAUAUUGUAAAAAAUGUUUAUCAAGUUAUAUUAACGAUACAACUGAUUAUAAUUUGUAUUUGGACGUAUUAGUGGACUUAGAAUGUAGUGAUCAUGAAAUAAAUAAGACAAAAGUACCACAAAGUAUUCAAGAAUGCUGUGGAGACUUGAAAAUUUUAUUAUUUAAACAAAUAUUAGACGAUUAUUUAACUCCUGAUAGUAAAUAUGAUAAAGUGUAUAAAAGUGAAAAAUAUUGUAAAUUAUGUGGGAAAUCAUUAUUACAUCGAGAAAAAUAUAUUACAAAAGAAUUUAUAUUUUGUUCAGAUUGUUAUUUAACGUCUACUGAACGGGUGGAAUCAUCUUUGGUUAAAAAACAAAUUUCAAUUUGUUACGUGCCAUGGUGGUAUACUGUUUAUAAAUGUGAUGCCUGUUAUUCAACAUUAAUAUUUACAUCAGACUGUCAAAAGUAUUGUUCAAAUUGUUAUAUAUUUUAUGUUGGAUGCAGAUAUUGUUUAACAACAAAUAUUAUUUUUGGUCCUACAUGUCAAACUCAAUGUAAAAAAUGUAAAAGAAUAUCAUUUAUCAGUUGUCUUGAUGAUUCUCUUUUAAAUAAUAUUAUUUUAUUUGAUAACUUAUUUAAGUUUGAAAAUAUUGUAAAUAAUUUUGAUAAAUAUUUUAUGCAUUUGGACAUAUUAGAUGCUUUGUUUUGA